AUGGGGAACCAGCCGUCUGCGCUUCUCGACACCAUCGCCUCCGGCUCGAAUUUCGACCGCGAGGAGGUGGACAGACUGCGAAAGAGGUUCAUGAAGCUUGACAAGGACAACUCAGGCACCAUCGAGCGCGACGAAUUCCUAGCCCUCCCCCAGAUCUCCUCGAACCCUCUGGCAACACGAAUGAUCGCCAUCUUCGACGAGGACGGUGGCGGUGACGUCGACUUCCAGGAGUUUGUCUCGGGUCUCUCGGCCUUCAGCAGCAAAGGCAAUAAGGAAGAGAAGCUGCGCUUCGCCUUCCGCGUCUACGACAUCGACCGCGACGGCUACAUCAGCAAUGGCGAGCUCUUCAUUGUGCUUAAGAUGAUGGUUGGCAGCAACCUGAAGGACCAGCAAUUACAGCAAAUUGUCGACAAGACCAUCAUGGAAGCCGACCUGGACCGCGACGGCAAGAUCAGUUUUGAGGAGUUCACAAAGAUGGUUGAAAACACAGACGUUUCUAUGAGCAUGACUCUGGACCAGUUCUAAGCCGAAUUCCUAAUGAUGAGAUGGCAUACUGGGCAUCCUUCCCGGCGAGGCGUUUGUGGUGUUUUGGGCCGAAUUGGACGGCCUUGACGAAAUCUGUUCCAUCAAUACACGAUCAACUUCUCCACGCG